AUGCUUGCUGGCUGCGGUCAACGGGCUUUAUCAACGGAAGUGGCUUGUAAGAGCGAUCCUCUUCACCAACCUUUACCCACGGAGAUGGCUUGCAAGGGCGAUCUUCUUCACCAACCCGUUGCUGGAGAUGCAACGCAACAGGUGACAUGGGUCCAUAUUCUCAGUGUAAGGCUGGGAAUAAAGCAUGCUGCACCUGCGCUUUGUGUGGCAAGUCUCCGCUCAGAGGAGCAUCUUGUGGUUACAGCUUCCUCUGCCCCUGCAUGUGUGCCAUUGUAUCCACAUGUGCCAUCGCUGUUCCUCAACAGCCAUCUGACGUCCAUGGCAAGAGCUGAGCGAAACACCAUCGUGCUCGUCCACAGGCCGUGGCCAACCAGAAGCUACGCCUUGGCAUCAAGGCUCCUGUUGAAGAGGCAGUGCCGGCUGCAAGAUGCAGGUGAGUCACAGGUUCGCAUUGGUCUGGAGCACGCAGGAAGCAUGCAGACGGCUGGUUCAGUCCGCUUGCUGACGGACGAUACUGGGGUGUGUGUCCAUUCAAAGCAUCCCUUGCCAACAAGGCGACGUCCUGCUGCUCGCACAGAUGCUUGCCCGGGUCUCUGGUUGCCAAGAAUAUUCGCUGCCACCGACUUGGGCUUUGCGUACGGCCACGUGAAGUACAAGAUGUACAAGUGGGCAGAGCUGGAUGGGUUGGAUGUGCACCGUAUCCGAACGCCAGCAGCUUGUCGGCAGCGACCUUGUCGCGGCAGCAUCACAUCUGCAGCGGUCGCACAACGCUUUUGCUUCCCAGUGCGGCGGUGUCGCGCGCGGGUGCCGGCAGAGCGUCCCGAACAGCAAUUGCAUUUGAGGCAGACCCUGUCCGACACGGACGUGGGGCUGUUAGAACCAUUGAGAGUGUUCGCGGCUGCACGACAACAAAGCUCGAGGCCUGGCUUUGAAUUCACGCCUUCGGCAUGUCGUCGACAGCAACAUUUCUCCUGCCGCAGAGGACUUGCCACCCGCGCCCCUUCCAUGCUUCUUUCCAGCCCCGGUGUGAACCGGCGAGCAGGAACAAUGGAUCCCCGUUGUUGCGUCACCACAAAGCAUGCCUUGUCAACACCGCGAGUUCCUGCUGCUCGCAUAGAUGCAUGCCGCGAUCGUUGUUUGUACUCAGACUCAAGAAUACUUGCUUCCACCAACUUGGGCUUCACGUGUGGAAACGUGAAGUACAAGAUCUAUGGGUGGGGAGAGCUGCGUGGGUUGGAUGUACACCACGUGGGAAGACCAGCAGCGUGUCCGCAGCGACCACUUCGUCGAAGCAUCACAUCUACUGUGGUGGUGGCGGCGACAAGUCUGCAAUGGCAGACAGCUCGUACUCAACCUGGUGUUUGGAACUGGCUGCAGAAGCUAGCCACGGCACGACGACAUAGCUUUUCAGCGCGGCACUGUUGCAUGCAGGUCCGGGUGAGUGCCCCCGGACAGCACAUGCACUUGGAGAAGACUUCCUCGUCCGACACGGACGUAGGAAUUUUUACUGUUCGAAAAGCGGUCAUGGUUGCAUGGCAGCGGGACAGUACUGGAGCAUGCACUAAUGCUGAGCGUUUUGACGCUGGUGUGGAUGCGUGCCAGGCUUUUUGUUUGUCCUCCAGCAGAAGUACUGACACUGGCUUGAAGGUGCCGGAAUGUCAGCUGGAAGCCGAGUUGAAUGCGCGCCGUGCGGUGACACCAGCAGCAUGUCAGCAGCGGACCUCUCGCAGGAGUGUAACGUUUGUCGUGACGAACAGGACAAGAAGCCUCUUGCGAAACUGUUUGCAAUCGGAUCGCAAGCUGGACCCGGUGGUGCCUCUUGGUGCAAGAUGCAGCCUUCACAUUGCGGUUGCAGUGCGCAGCAGGCACCUGACACUUGCUGACGCUCUUCGCCGUUGUGCAGCAGAUCAGAACAGUGUGAUUUUAGACUGUGGUGUUGCCGUGAGCUCAAGCUUCGGCAUGUUUGGAGGUGGCGCGGCUACUGGCAAAGCCGAGGGGUGCUGCGUAGUCAUGUGCGCUGGCCGUUCCAGACUCGCUGUCAUUUGCCGGCCACUGCGGCACUGUAGCGGCGCUAUUGCCAUCAACCCGUUGAGGACUUUGCGGGCACGGAGUCCUUUCAGGAUGUGGGACAAACCUAUAUCAGCUGCAGUCGAACCUUCUUCAAGCCUUCCACGCAAACGUGCGGUGAAUGAGGCUGCCCCAUUCCAUCGCGCCCGGUUUGCUUGGCAGCCGACCCAGGGAGCGACGAUUUCCGAACGGCCACGGAGUUUGAGCAGAGGCCAUGGGAGAGAUGCAGUUCAUGCUUUGUUUAGGGACUGCUUACAGGAUGUCAUGUUGGGUAGCCAUGUGGAGAUGGAGGCAUCCUGGGCAGAAUGCGGGCUAGAUUCCCUCUCCAGCAUUGCCUUCGCCGGGCGGCUUUCGGACACCUUUGACCUUUCCUUCGACGCCACGACCUUCUUCGACUUCAGCUCGCCAGCCCUGUUGGCAAAAAACGUUUGGGAGAGACUCCAUGACAAGGAGCACUCUGUGUCCCCAAACCGGGAUCCAGCUGCAGGGACCGGAGCUGGUCGAACGUGGCGAAGCACAGACACGCGGGGAUGCCAGCUUAGCCCGAUGAAUUCGCAACCGAAGCCUGGCAAGGUCCUCUACAUUUGUCCGCCAUUUGGGUUUGGAAGGUCGUACUUUGCAUCCUGGACUAGAUGGUUGGGGGACACUUGUGAAGUUCACGUACUUGGUGGUGCCAAUCUCGCAAUGUUUUGCUGCAUGGAAGACCAUGCAUGUGGGAGUUCGGUCUCGUGGGGUCUACAUGGCCUCAGAGGGUUUUAA